UCUAUACGCUUAGACAUGUUUCUCUUAUUAGAAUCUUCUUGGAUUUUUUUAACACCGACGUGUUUUUUGAUUUUCCACAUAAUUUGGGUCAGAAAUUUUGCCAGCGGAAAAAAGUACAGAAUAACGAAAAUGAGUAAAGUACAGCCAAAUCCAGCUAAAACUGCGCUAAGAGCUGAGAUAGACUCCCGGCUCGCAGCACUGACGCAGGAAGAGAAGAAGAGGCAAUCAGAGAUCGUCUUUCAAAAGCUGAUAAACCACCCCUGGUACCAGAACUCCAAGCGUAUCUCACUCUUCCUAAGCACUGACACGGAAAUCAACACUAUGCCAAUUUUAGACCACAUCAGAAAAAGAGGUGCCGCAGCUUUCGUUCCUCAAUACGCAGGGGGUCGAAUGAAAAUGCUGAAGAUGGAUUUUGGUGAUGAAGACUAUAUGCCGGAGACGAAGCACGGGAUAAAGCAGCACGCUAAGGAGGUCGUGAGGGAAGAUGCCAUGGAAAGCGGUGGUCUUGACCUGAUCAUAGCCCCGGGAGUAGCGUUCACCAGAUCUGGGGACAGGCUGGGGCACGGCGGGGGUUACUAUGACAAGUACCUGUCCAACGCCCGCGCCAACCCUGAUGUGGCACCUAAGGUGGUUGCAGUGGCGUUUGACUGUCAAAUUGUGGACUCGGUGCCGAUGGAUGCGCAUGAUCAGAAAAUUGACCUAGUUAUAAUGAGUGAUGCAAAGCCGAAUCCAGAAAAAGCUGCACUCAGGGCUGAGAUAGAUAAGCGUCUAGCAGCCCUUACGGAGGAGGAGAAGAAGAGGCAGUCAGAGGUAGUCUUCCAAAAGUUAAUCACCCACCCGUGGUACCAAAAAGCCAAACGGGUUUCAGUCUUCCUCGGCACUGGGACAGAAAUCGAUACUCGACCCAUUCUGAACCACAUCAGGGAUCGUGGUGGUUCAGCUUUUGUCCCCCAAUACAUUGGAGGCCGGAGAAUGAGGAUGCUCCGUAUGGAGAAGGGCGAUGAAGAUCUGAUGCCGUUUACCAGGCACGGGAUCCAGCAGCACCCGAGGGACCUGGUCAGAGAGGAUGCUAUGGAAAAUGGUGGUCUCGACCUGAUAAUAUCCCCUGGGGCAGCAUUCACCCGUUCUGGGGACAGACUGGGUCAUGGUGGGCGGUAUUAUGACAACUUCAUCGCCAGUACCCGUCUCAACCCCAAUACUGCUCCUAAGGUGAUUGGCGUCUCAUUUAACUGUCAAGUUGUGGAUUACGUGCCAAUGGACGCACACGACCAGAAAAUAGAUGAAGUGUUGUUCUCUGAAUAAAAAUAUAAUUUCAUU